CAGGAAAAUGAGAAUAUAAAGUUAAUUUCUCCCCGAGAAUCAGGAAAAUGAGAAUAUAGAGUUAAUUUCUCUCCUAGAAUAAGGAAAAUGUGCGAAAAACCUAAAUUUGUGACUGUAGACGUGAUAAAAAGCUCCGCAGGGCUAACAAGAUUCUCCAGGUCUGGAGUUGUUUACCUACAGGAUUGUGAGGUUGAUAUAGAUGGAGAGACUGAGCUGGAGAAGAAUAAGCAACUAGAACUAGCAAAUAUCACAUUUAAAAAUUGCAGUGUAUCAAUAAAAAAUUUAAAAAUCCAAUCUGAGGGGUUUAUCAAUGGAAAAAGCCUGGAGUUUAUAUCCUGUGGAUCAGUAUAUAUAGAGAACUGUAAUAUAUCUUGUAACAAUCCUGGCUCUGACAAGGCACCCUACCCUAACAGACAAAACACUUCCUGUUGUGUUUAUGCCCUCAACAGCGAUUUAAAUAUCAAAAACAGUAUGCUAGAAGGUUCUGGUUUGGAGGUUCGAGGGAUUAUUGGUGAUCAGUCUACAGUAAAGAUAUUGGAGUCAACAAUCAAGAAUACUGAUAACUCUGGUGUGUGGGGGAGAAACAAAGCUGAUAUUUUUCUUUCCAAAUCACAAAUAUUAGGGUGUGGAGGAUAUGGUGCUGUGUAUGCUACCAACGGAGCAACUAUAACAGUUGAAUCCUGUGUACAAGUUGAUAAUCCAGGUGGCUGUGGAGUAUUUGUUCUUCACGAACAGUCAAGGGUUAAUCUCAACAAUUCAUCAUUAAGCAGGAAUAAGUGGAGUGGGUUUGGAUGUAGAUGGAGUGGAGGGGGAACAAUAACCAACUGUAACUUUGACUCCAAUGGCCAGGGUGCCUGGGCAAUCAGAAAAUCCACAAUUAAGGACGUUACUAGGAGAAAUAAUAUCGUCACAAAUGAUUUUACGGACAAGAAUUAUGAGAAAGUUGCAUUUCUUUUCGUGGACCCGUUGAAUACCGCCUUGGGAGAAAAGGGGCUUGCAAGCCGAGGUUUGAGCGUAGAGAAAGCCAAGGAGCUAAGAGAAAAAGAAGGAGGAAGAAGACAGAACACCAAGAUAAAAUGAAAAUAAGAUCCUGUGAUUGGUCCGAAGAAGAAAAAGAUUCUUUGAAGAAAAAAAAAUAAUUUUUCUUGAAAAAAAUAAAUAUAUUUAUAAAACAUCUAAUCUUUAAUUUAAUUAAAUGAGUUCAUAGAACGGGUUCUUGUUAAUUAUACGAUUAAUCUCCUGAAAAUCCUUCUCACUUUAUAACACAAUUACCCCUCCCCCCCCCUCUCGGGGUAAAUAUUUGAUUAAUAAAGGUUUAAUGCUUCGCAAACUAUUGCUGGGUAAACAUAAAGGGAGAUUCGUCAGGUAUACGAUCUUCUAA